UAAUCACAGCAGAAGCAAAAGCAAAAGCCUCCUGAAUACAGUUACUGGUCUAUUCCUGUAAUCAACUACUCUCGUGUUACUUUCCGUUUCUGUUGCGUCGCAUAAUCCUUCGUAAGAGAUCACAAUGAACCCACACCAGCAACCGACCCUGGAACUAGGCGACAGCGAUGUGCCUUCUGCAGCUCCUGUUCAGCGACUCGACGUAUCGGUAGCAGCUCCUCAGCAAUUAUCACGUGCACAAGCUCUUCUGAUACCACCCAGCCGACAACACGAACUCCUUAGCGCCGUGCUGUCUGUUGGUAGACCUGUAGGAGCUGAGGAGGCUAAGAGCCCGACUGGCAGCAGACCGAACAGUCCUCCUCAGGAUAGACGGAAUCCUCCUCAGUUAAAGAAAGCCCUCUCUUCCUGGAAUGCUGCGAGACAAUCUCAGUCUGCAGAGCUCUCCACCGCUGCCAAGAAGCCUCCCAUGGGUGGGACAUGUAAUAUCAAUACCGGUAGAGCCAAACCAAGCUCCCCUGGGAGGGCUCUUAGCUUUGUUAUGCAAAGGGCGCAAGAAGUGCAAAGACAAGCACUUCGAACAAAUCCUAAGGCGAACGCGACAGUGGAUGCUAGCGUCGUGCAAGCGCUGCGAAGGAACAUGAGGGAGGAACUUCUCAAACGAUUGACUAAAUCCAAGUUAGGCUCCGGCAACUCCAACAUGGCAAAGCAAUCCCCAGAAGUCCAGGCCGCGUUUGCCAGACGACUAGAAGAAGUUCUGUUCAAGACGUCCAAGUCAGUUGAGGCAUAUGCGGAUUCCACCACGCUGGAUCGUCGUCUGAAGAUGCUUCUCGCUGCCAUGCAAAAUCGCAAGGCCAAAAAGGAGGGCGGGACCGGGACCCUGCCAGCUGCUGCUGCACCUCAACCACAGAAGAAAGCGGCCCUCAAGCCAGGUGAAAUGAAGAGACGGGAAGCUCUACGAAAAACCCUGGGACAAGUCAAGAUGAACCGCGUUUUCAAGGUUAUGGCGGAAAUUAAACUAAUCCAAUUGGGACGGGAAGUGACAGAGGGGAAACCUUAUGAGCCAAUCCCCAUGUGCACAAAGGGCGGCUGCUCGUUUUCGGUACCGUGCCCGGGAGACCAAAAGGCCCCCAAGGUCGUCCGAGACCUAUUCUUCAACACAGCUAUCAUCGCUGCCUACGAGAAAUCCUCAGUGGCACUUUUCCCCAGCCUGCCUUGGGAUGCACUCUUGGCACAAGGGGAAGCAAGGUUGGCUGCGUACCACGAAUGGUACAGGCAACGGCAGGCUGCAAAAAAUAGCCGGGGCUUUGCGUCAAUGCCAUAAUGGGCUUUCAUCCUUCCUUGUCCUAGCUUCCAAGCGCCUCGGGUAGCUGGUUACAAAGUAGACUUUAAAUCUUCUCUAGCUAGCCAGUCGAGUAGUC